CCGGGUAUACCAGGCGUUGGUGUGCGACGGGACAAGAGUCUCAAGGAGUUUUUGGGGAUGAUGGACGAGUUUUCGCCGAUUAUUCCAGAUGCGGUUACCGACUACUAUUUGAUGAAAUCCGGAUUUCAAUCUUCUGAUGUGCGAAUAAAACGACUUCUCGCGCUCGCAACCCAAAAGUUCAUAUCAGAUAUUGCGACAGACGCGUACCAAUACUCCCGAAUCCGCUCCGCCUGGUCCGCCUCCUCCGCCUCAUCCAACCCUAUCGGUGCCUCACAGGGCCAAUUCAGGCCCGGCGCCGGUCCUCGCUUCGGCGGCGCGGGAGGCGCGGGUGGAAUCGCGGGCAGCGGAGGCGGUGGUGCGGGCGGGAGUGGGAAGGUCGUGCUUACGAUGGAGGAUCUGGCGAGUGCGUUGGCGGAGUACGGAGUGAAUGUUCAUCGACCUGAGUUUUAUAGAUAG